AUGAAUGAGAGCAACAAACGUAAAGCUGAAAUUAAGCAGCUUCCGACAAAUGUACGGGACUAUUGUCGUGUGUGCCUAACAGACGAUUCCGAUGGUGAAAAGGAAUUGUACCACAUCGACGAUAUGUACAUGAAAGCAGACAGAAUUUCGGAGCAAAUGUAUUCCUUCCGAGAUAUGUUGGCUGUUUUUGUAAAUGAUGAGCUUGAAACCCACGGAGGAUGUUUACCUACAAGCAUAUGCGUCGUAUGUGCUGAUCGGGCGCAACAAGCGUUCGAGUUCAUCGAACAAUGUCAAACAACGGACAAACAGUUGGAGGAACAUUUCCAAAAAGUAUCCAUGUCCGAUGUCGCUGGAAAUCACAUCAAAGAGGAACAUUCUGAAAAAUAUGCCAACGAAGACUUUGUAGUAUGCGAUGAAAUAGCGAUCGUUGCAAAACCGACAGAUGCUGAAUUAAAUUCCGAACCGGAAGAACAGGUUGUCAAUUCCGUUAGAGAAACCGCUGCAAAGAACAACAAGCGCAAUCUGGAGACGAAAGUGAAAUCUUUUAAAUGUGAUGUAUGCGCUAAAAGUUUCAGCCAAUCACAGACAUUGAGAAGACAUUACAGAAUGCACGAUGAGUCUGGUAACAUGAAGAAAAGCUGUCUGCUGUGUAGCCGGCAGUUUCUGAGAUCGGACGACCUUAAGCGACACAUUCGAACGCAUACCGGCGAACGUCCGUACAAGUGUAAACUGUGUACGAAAUCCUAUAAACAGUCAUCAGAACUGAAGGAACAUACGUUGACCCACAGUGACGAAAAGCAUUUCAAGUGUCCUGAGUGCGGUAAGGAGUUUUUCUCACGUAACGGACUGUAUGUACACCUGAAGGUUCAUAAAGGUAUCAAACCGCAUGACUGCCCAUACUGCAGCAAGUCCUUUACCACCACCAGUGAGCGCUCUUCCCACGUACACUACAUACACCGAGUAGGACAACGAAAAACGAGCACGCGAUAG